UUGGCCUGUCACUCAGCCGACUGCAAAGGCGUCCCCCGGGCCUUGCGGAGCGUGUGGUCCGCUGGCUUGUUUGCUACUGGGGCAGGUUGGUGAUUCUCCAGGGCAGCCAUGGCAGAGCCACAGCCCGCGUCCGGUGGCCUCACUGAUGAGACCGCUCUCAGCUGCUGCUCCGAUCCGGACCCCAGCACCAAGGAUUUUCUACUGCAGCAAACGAUGCUAAGAAUUAAGGAUCCUAAGAAGUCCCUGGAUUUUUAUACGAGGGUUCUUGGACUGACCCUCCUGCAGAAGCUUGACUUCCCUGCUAUGAAGUUCUCGCUCUACUUCUUAGCGUACGAGGAUAAGAACGAUAUCCCCAAGGACAAGUCCGAGAGGACAGCGUGGACGUUGUCCAGAAAAGCCACCCUUGAGCUCACGCACAACUGGGGCACUGAAGAUGACGAGACGCAGAGUUACCACAACGGCAACUCGGACCCUCGUGGAUUUGGUCACAUUGGGAUUGCCGUUCCUGAUGUCUACAGUGCCUGUAAGAGAUUUGAAGAGCUAGGUGUCAAGUUUGUGAAGAAGCCUGACGACGGGAAAAUGAAAGGACUGGCGUUCAUUCAAGACCCUGACGGCUACUGGAUUGAGAUUCUGAAUCCUAACAAAAUAGCAACGAUUAUUUAGUUCCGGGACAAUGUGCCUUUGAGGUGUGGGGGACAGCGGGGACAAAACAGCGUGGACAAGAAACAUCGUGAUUCAAGAUGCUGCGGCGACCAGAAGAAGCAUUGGGGGCUGAUGGGUCUCUCUGCUCCAGUUCAAAUCCUCCUGAAACCCUUUUCAUUGUCCUGAUUCAGUGGGUUUUAAAAAAUCUCCCCUCUGUUUUGCCAACCUAAUUUUCAAGUAGCAAUUUAUCUUAUGACCUUGACAAAGUUGUGCGACUUUACAUUUAAGAUAAUAAUUAGAACAGUUCCCUCUAGAGACCACAGUUGCUACUGCCUGUCUCUUAAAGACUGCUCAAGUCUGUUUCUGAUUCAUCAUUUAAAAUUUUGUUUCAAAUGUUUCUUUUUGGGGUCUGUUACCUUCUGGGGUUUCAGUUCCUCAGAAAUAACUUUCCAUAAUGGGAAGUACAGAGCAGUGAACAGAAAUGAGAUUUUUGUGUGUGUGUGUGUACUUCAAACAGCAUAGUGUUUAUCUUACAAAAGAGAAGGUACUCCUGAGAGCAAUUCGGAAUCAUGCUGACAAGGACACAGAUAGAAAUACUCAUUUUCUUUUUUUCUUUUUUCUUUUUUUGUCUGUAUAAAGUACUUUCAGAAUCCAAGGACUAACUUUACUUUUCUGGGAAUGUGGAGGAGGGAGGGAUUAGACAAUGGGCCAGGCCGUAGCAUCCUUUAUGUAAAUAAUGAGUACUGUGGUUACCACGUGAGACAGCAAGCAGCUAGACAGACAAAGCAACCUGAUUGGUCUGAAGGCUUGGGCGGCCAGCCUUUCUAGUAGCUGGGUUAUGCCUAUGCCUCAUGGUACCUCCUGCCCUACCAAGGAACCUGCCAAGAGUCUGGCCUGUGCUCUCUGUUCGCACCUGGGCUUGAAUACCGCAGAGAAAGAAGCACAGACGUCAAUAAUACAAGGCUGCUCUAGGGGACACCUGUGAGUGAGCCCCACAUUGGAGGGAGUCUUCCCCACCCCAUGGUCUUCAUGAUGCUUGUAAUCAUGUAGGAUGUUACGUUCAGUGCUAAGUCAGAUGUCGGGCAUUAGCUCUGUGGUCUUCCCUGCUGACAGGAUUAAUGGAUUCUCAGAGGUGAUUUGAAGACUCAACAACUGGAGGACAAAACCCAAUCUGAGGUCAGACUGCAGCGAAGUUUCCUGCCUGCUGUAGUGGAAGACUCGGGUGGGCAAUGCCAAGCGCUACACAGCUAUGGGCACUUUGUGAUUUAUGUGAGCAGUUUAAACACAUCAUAGGCUGAAAUAAAACUAACGCUGUUUAAUACAUAAAGGUCUGGGCAGCAAGUCCCUUUGUGUAAAAGGCUGGUCUUGAGGCCUGAAAGGAUUCAAAAGAAGUUUGCGCUGAACCAGGGAUACGCAUGAGUCUGUACAGACUAAGCCAGGUAGCUUCUAUGGUUGAAAAAGCAUGGGAAAGAAAAUGCCAAAUCAAAAGAUUUGGGGGAAAUGAAGUACAUUCAGAAGAAAGACCAGAUAUCAAAAGGUGGGUCACAGGAUUUUAGGAGGGCCGGUUUCAAAUGUCCAAUGCUGGAAUCACCAAAUGGGAUUCUAAUACUGGAGUUUAAUUGUCAAUUUAACAAUUUGAACCAUAUUUCUAGGGGCAGGAAGUACUUGCUCGGUGAGUCUUGCCAGGACAUAAUCCUUAUUGCUUAAGUGUGCUUCUGUAUUCAUUGAAAAGGAUGUAUGUGGCCAGGCCUUGGCAGGAGUUGGGACAGUGCACUUGUAAAUACGCUUACCUGGGAAGUGGCAGUGGGAAGAACAGGCUGGGGUUUGGGGACCUUGCUGCUGCUCAGGGGAGACAGUCCUCUACUGGCACAGUCACCUGGAGGUUGCAGGAGGCUGCAGACGUGCACACCUGAGCUGGAACUAUUACUGCAAGUCACUUAAAGAGCCAGUGGCUGGACAAUCACUCUGGUUUCCCGAUGCAGCAUUUUGACCAUAGUUUGUUCAUAACUAGGUUCUUGUACAAAAAGACCCUAGACUAGGUGAUGUGAACAUUUCCUUUUCACACUGCAGGAGGCCGCGACGUCUUAUGAAGCAGCAGCCUUUGCAGUGUCUGGCGAGGGUCCUCUUGACUUGUGGACAGGCACUGUGCCUUCUCGGGGCACAAGUUUACCGCAACAUGCAUCCCAUUCUGGGAGGCUCCACCUAAGUGAACUGCCUUGUAGGAGCUCAUUUCCGAGUACCAUUUUGGGGAGUAGGCCUAGUCAGAGGAAUUUUGAAGGACCCUAGAGUUGUCCCAUAGCAUAGUACACAGACCUUGACAACUUGGCUGUGGAGGGACCUUUGUUCUCAAGAUGCUGUUAGAAGCAUGGGAAGGCCCAAGAGCAUGCACUGCAGUGUUGGCCUGCAAGAGCUGAUGCCUACAGCUCGUUCAUCCUGUCACUUGACACAUAUAUGAUCAAAGAUGGCUAAGGCCAGUCAGUGCUGUGUGUCCACUAAAAACAGCCAUUGAAAGGAAGUAACCUGGGAUUCCUCACUUGUCUAAGGGCUGAAAGCGUUUUCCAAGGCUCUGCAGCCAAAUUGAUCUCCUUACGUUCUGGAAGACCAACAGUUUUAUGCGAUGUUACUUAUUUAUCAUUUCCCAUUUGGGGGGGUUUCUGACUUUGUGUGGUGACAUGCUGAAAUGUGGUUUUGUGUCUUUAAGUGGGUGUUGAAAUGCAGGUGAAAUGCCCUCAUCCCGAGGCCAAUGUAUCCAGCAAGACGUAUCACUAACAUAACUCAUAGCCUGCUGAGGUUAUGCUUGUCAACUUCUCUCCUGUAAACUUAUUCUCCUGCCACCUCCUUUUCUACACUGUUCUCUUCAGAGGAAAAUAAACUAUGUGAAACUCCAAA